AUGGUCACUGCAACCCCGCACUAUUCCGUCGCCAUGUAUGGUGCGCCGCGAGACGACCGCGAACAGUUGCAUGAAGUGCUGCAGCGCCUACAGCAUGAAAAGGGUGAGGUGGAAGGCAUGAUGCAGAUCUUGACAUCGAAGUUGCAGGAAGCAGAAGAGGACAACUUUGAUCUGCGCGCCAGCAUGUCUCUUUUUGAGACGGAAACUCGUCUAGAGAGCGACAAGAAGGAGCGUGAGAUGCAGAGCCGAGUAGCAGCUCUCGAGUCAAAAGUUGCUUUUGUAUCAGAGAAGCUGCAAAACUCUGAGCGUGCCAAGCUGCGUGUCAUGAAGGAGAUGGAAGAAUUGCAUCAGAAGCAGCUGGUCGAGAGCAAGCGGCGCGACGCCGAGCGGAGGCUUCUGGCCUCCAAAAGACGCAAAAAAAAGAGUAUUUUAGCUACCAGUCAAUCUACAGUCACGUCGCAGCAGUACUCUCAGCAGCAAGUUGACAAGGCAUCAGUGCCCGUGGUAGAAACUGCUGUCCAAACUGAGAUAUGCCUGGAAGAGGAGACUGGACGCGGUAGCAGGAGUCUAAAAGAGGAAAAUGCGCGUCUGAUUUCAUAUUUCUUGACAGGGACUUCGCGAGAUCUAUUAACGCUAUUGAACGGAAUUGUAGUUGUGAGGUCUAAAGAGGAGGCAAAGCAGAGUGCGGAAGAUGGUCGAACGCAGCCCCCGCAAGGUUGGCACAGCUCGACCCCGACGCAAUUCUUACAGAGCUCACUAGGAAAUUCGUUGAGUGGCUCGAUGCAGCAAUCGCCUGGCAGCAUUCCGUUCUCACAGAGUGUUUUUUCCCAAGUGGCAGGGAGGGCUUCAACUCAAGCGCAUGCUUUAGUGUUGAGUGCUGCAAUGGAGGCAAAUGCCAUGCAGACUACUUUGGCAACGGAACGUGCACGAGAACUAUAUGAUGUGAUGGGGAGGAUGUUGACAGGAGACGUUUCUGCUGUCGCGCUUGCACCAGUGCUCAUCGAUUAUCUGGCGGUGCCAACAGAUUUGGAGUGGACCGUGACUUGCUGUGUGCUGCGCGUCAUGCAUGCGGUAAUGCAUCACAGCAUACAUUUUCAACAUUUUCUUCUGGUUGCAUCUUCGUCCUCUGGUGUAUCGUCAUGUGCAAAUACUGACUUUCAGCGGAACACUAACAGUAUCGAGCACCCGCGAAUUACGCUGCCUGGACUAACGUUUACCUCGUUGGAUGACUAUCUAUUGACUCAGUCACGAUAUAAGUCUCUGGUACAAAGCGAUUUACUGCAGUUUUCAUUAGCUGAGGCUGCUGUAGAACAAAAGCAGCUUUGGCUUAGGCUGCUGAGUGCGCUUUGUCGGUCUGUAAAGAACAAUAUUAAGAAGCCUGUCGUGGUGAAGAGUGGCCUGUGCGUGUUAUGUUUCUGGGUUGACCUUGGACUAGCACAUUGGCCUGCGUUGACGCCCGACUUCAAGCCGCUAUUAGCAAGCAACGUAAUAAUUGGCAUUUUGUUGGCACCAACAAGUAUUCCUGUCAUCAAGGCUCAAGCUCUUGGGCUGCUUUCUCAACUGCUACGCAUUCCAGAAAUUUUUGCCGAAGUGAAGACCGCGUCAAAAACAAAUUUGUUGUUCAACCGAUGCGCCAAGAUGUUGUUAUGCGAAGAGAAUCUUUCGGAGGAUGAAGCUAGCAGUGUUCGGGCAUUGCAACACGAGAUUGUAAAGCUGUUGCUUUCGAUCAUCACGUCGUUCCCCUCUGAAGGGAUUUGUUUUGUUCUUGAAAGCACUAAUGGCAUACCCAGCGACCCAGACGGUUGUCGGUCGGUUAUUUAUUACUUGGCGCGGCUUCUCCAUCAAGAGACUUUCGAGAUAAGAACUUGCGGAGAAUCAUUCGACAUGUACAGGUUGUUAAAUGAUCACCUCCGCAUGGAGUUGAUUCAGGAUGCAUUUGCUCUGGUUGGAUUGCUUUCUCGCUAUGUGGAUCUACGAAACGAAUUGGGUGGAGAUGACUGCGUGCAAUCGUUUCUUGCUGUUGUGUAUUUUCUAAGCAACCUUCCCCAUACUAGUCCACGAAAUGGCUCGAUAGUUGCAUCGGCACGCGCCUUCGUUGGUAUGACGAACUUGCAUAGCUAG